GCAGAGCAGAGCAAGGAUGCAGAUGUUGUUCGGCUGAAACUCAGUGAGUCUGAUCCUAAGCAUUGGUCCAGUUUUGAAAAUUGCCUGGGAGUCCUAUGUUGGCAGCACUGUGAGCUCUUGAAAGAAACAUCCAGAUGUCAAUUCCUGUUAUUAUCACUGCCCAGGAAGUGGGGAACUAGUUUCAUAAAGAUCUCCAGCAGCGAAAGGUGCAGGUGAAUGAUAAGGAAGAAACCAACUAAACAAAAAAAAUAAUAAAAAAAUUGAGUUGUAACUUAGGAUGGUGCAACAAAAUCCAGAGGAUAAAGUGAGAUCUUUUGCAGUAUUCAAAAUGUUCUGCAGAGGUGCGGAAACAAGUUUUUGAUUUGUGCUUGCCAACCAAAAACAUAUUUUUAGAAGAAGGGAACUGUGGUUUUUUUUUGAAGAAGAGAACUUUUUAAAAGAGAAACAUUUGUCCACUUGAAGUUUGCAGAACUAGAACAAAUCUUUCUUCACACAGGAAAGGGUUAUUUCUUAUUUUCUGAAGUGCAUCUAUUCUGGUUGUGACAACGUGCCUGGUUGUCUUCCAAAGAAUCAAGCUUUCAACACCACUUGUUAAAAGUUGGUAAACUGGGAUCAAGAAGAUGGACAACAUGACAACCACUUCAUAUUUUGAGGAAACCACACCUUUUGACUAUGAUUAUAGUUCAACUCCAUGCCCAAGUGUCACUGUCUUGGAAUUUUCUUCCCGUUUCCUGCCACCACUUUACUUUUUGGUAUUCCUGUUUGGUCUGCUGGGCAAUAUGCUGGUUGUGCUGAUCCUCUUCAAAUACAAGAAGCUAAAAAGCAUGACCGAUAUCUACCUGCUCAAUUUAGCCAUUUCUGACUUGCUUUUCAUUUUUUCACUCCCAUUUUGGGCUUACCAAGCAGCAAAGGAGUGGAUAUUUGGAGAUUCAGCCUGCAAGAUUCUCUCCUCAAUCUAUCUCCUGGGCUUCUACAGUGGAAGUUUUUUUAUCAUUCUUUUGACCAUCGACAGGUACCUAGCAAUAGUCCAUGCGGUGUUUGCAUUAAAAGCCAGGUCACCAGCCUAUGGCAUCCUCACGAGUGUUAUUACAUGGGCGAUAGCAGUGUUAGCCUCUGUGCCAGCGAUGAUAUUUACCACAUCACACCCAGAAGCCAAUCGCUCCGUCUGCGCUCCUCAUUAUUCAUAUGAAUCCCAAACCAAAUGGAAUCAAUUCACAACACUGAAAAUGAACCUCAUAGGCCUGAUCUUUCCAAUGAUUGUUAUGACCUUCUGCUACACACGAAUCAUAAUUACCCUGCUGAGAUGCAGGAAUGACAAAAAGAACAAAGCAGUCAAGCUCAUUUUUAUCAUCAUGGUUGUUUAUUUCUUUUUCUGGGCCCCAUAUAACAUUGCUCUUUUGCUCCAGACAUUCCAAGAUUCAUUUUUCGACCGCAGUUGUCAGCGCAUUCGUGAUUUGAGUAUCGCAAUACAAGUCACAGAAACAAUUGCAAUGGCACAUUGUUGCAUCAAUCCUGUGAUCUAUGCCUUUGCUGGCGAGAAAUUCAGAAAAUAUGUUCUCAGCUUUUUACAUAAGAAUGCUAGACAUCUCUCAAAAUAUUGCCAGUUUGUGUAUACUAGGCCUAUGGAGCGUACUAGUUCCACGUUCAACACACCAUCUACUGGGGAGCAAGAUAUUUCAGCUGUGUUGUAAAGGAUGUCCAGAGUGAAUAAGUAAGAUUAACUUUUGUGGGUGCAACAUUCCAGACUGCUUUGCAGAUUUGGCUCUAGAGAGGCUAUAAAAGGGCUGAAUCACUUUUCUUCUCUAUUUCCCACAGAGACAAGACCUAAAUUGGAUGGCUUUGCUUUGCUUAUGUCAGUAUACAAACUGCAUGAUAAACAACAGUUGCAUGCAAUGAAACUGGGGACGUUAUAAAUAUCAUCUGGGAUUCCAGGGACAGCAAAGAAUAUGUGCGUUGAACCAAGCCCUGACUCAAGCAUUGCAUAUACACUAUGCUCUGGCAACCAGCGAGUCUUGGACAAUAAUACAAUCCAUUUGCUGAGGCUCUCCAAGGGAAAUUCUUUGGAUGAAAGUUCAUGUGACCUGACAUCCUGUCUAUAUGUAUGGCAGCCCAGAGCAGAGGUGCUCUUAUCCCUGGACUUCUGGGCCUAAGUCCAGGGCCUCCACAGCCCCUGGGGCCCCCCAAAUCCUCUUUAGUCUGCCCUGGGUGGUGUGGUCGCCUGGCUGAGCAUGAUAAUGCUUGAUUUGCAGGGGAGAGGGCCUCCAAAGGCCUUUACGUCCAGGCUCCAAAAUUACCUACGUGCACCUCUGACCCAGAGAUAGUGAGGGGAAACUCUUCCAACUUUCUGUUCUGAGUCCAUGCUAAUCCCUAUUCUGAUUUCUGUCAGAAUUUCUAUUUUGAUGCUUUCGUUGUGCUUCAUUUGGACAUAUGCUGGACCCAGGACAAAACACAACUCAAAUAAUCAAAUUAUAAAUAGGCUGGGUUUGCAUAAUCAGGCUCACUAAUCCUGAUUAACUUUUUAACCAGGAUCCCUGUUGUGUGAACCCAGCCAUAAUAAAACAUCUUGAUAAAUGAAUUAGUUGAUAUAAUAAUGGCGACGCAAUACGCAUGAUGGAUCUAUGCAUGAUGGAUUUUAAACAAUGGGAUAUGGAACACUGAAACUGACGUAUAUACAUUGAAACGUCUGUUCUUUGUUGCAAUUCCCUCUUUCUAUGUUUUAAUAUACGCAAUAAAAUAAGGUCUGGAGAGAAGUCUUGAUAAAUGUAUCCAGCUCUUUCUUUAAACCAGUGGAGUAGACUGCUGUCCCUGCUCCAGAGAUGCUAUUCCAGAAUAUUCUGCUAUUAGUUACCACUGCUAUUUCAUAUCAUUUGAUCAUUUGACAACAUCUCAGGAAUCAGUAUGAGUUAGGAACAUAGGAAGCUGCCAUAUACUGAGUCAGACCAUUGGUCCAUCUAGCACAGUUUUGUUUACACAGACUGGCAGUGGCUUCUCCAAGGCUGAAGUCAGGAGUGUCUCUCAGCCCUAUCGUGGAGAUGCCAGGAAGCUCUACAGACAGGGCUUCUACCCCAAAUCGCCUUCGGAAGAGAGUGUGUGCAUUCACACACCAGCCAAAGUUACCUUGAAGUCCCUUCGAGAUCCUUGGACCCACUCCACACACAAAUCGGGCUUAUUCUUGUGAAUUCUAGCUUAUCUCGAUGUAUUUCCAGGUUUUUAAAAUGCUGGAUUUAAGCUAUUUUUUCUGAAAAUGCUGGAACAAAUAGGGAGAAGCACUGAGUAGAAUCAUUAGCAUGAUAAGAGAGAUACUCUCUUUAGAAAUGCAGAUAUAGCUAGAAAUGCAGAGAGAUUUAGUAAUCUCUCUCUUUCUCUCCUCCCCCAUUGGCUAGAAGGAAAACACGGGGGCAUGCCAUGUGAACUUGCAAAAACCAAAACCCGAGAGCAGAGGGGAGGGGCUGCUUCCCUCAAUGCUGUGAGUGUAAUUUGAAGUGGCUUCGCUCAACAUGUACCCUGCAGCAUGAAGCCAUGUAUGAAUAACUCCCAGGGCGGGAGUUUGGAACCUUCUGUAUGCAAGCUCAAGUCCAUGAAUCUUGUUACUCAGACAUUAAAGCAGAGAUAGCACAGUAAACUAAAAUGUAAAGAAGUUGUUUUAUCCUGAUAGAAUCUUAUUUGAAGCAUUAUCCUUCUCUGGAAAGAGCUUAUUUUAAAUGGAGUUUAAAGGAAGACAAGGUGUUUGAUUUAAAAACAACAUGAUAAACUAAUGACAGUGCUUCUUUUUCUAAUGCAAUAUGGCUUGCAUAAUUGUAUAAUUAUAAUACAAUUAUUAAUAAAACAUGCUGAUAGGUGAACACAAUAAAGGGGAACACAGUAGUGUUGUUUAUCAAACUACCAAGCCUUUCAUGGCUGCUUGGAAAUCAGCUCAGUAACAGACAAUGAGAUUUAUUUACAAGUAACAACCAACAGCAACACAAGCAAUUAGGAAUGAAUUGUUAAAAUUCCAGUAAUAAAGGCUGGCUUUGUAGCAUA